AUAUGGAGUCUGGAGAGCGGUUAACAUCAUCUGCCUCUUCUACCACAGCGACUUCAUCUCCUGCAUCUACUACACCUUCUGUCACUUCAGCAGUUUCAAAAAGUAGCCUUUCCACUGGAGCUGCAUCGCUUAGCUCUGCAAUCAACACAUGCGGUACAGAAUGGUGGCGAACAACAGAUGUGCACACCCGUACAGGGGCAGCCUUUUUUCCACCACUGCUGGGAAUACCACCACUGUUUGCUCCUCCCACUCAGAAUCACGAUUCCACUUCAUUCCAUUCAAGAACUACAGGAAAAAAUAGUCGAAGCAGCAUAGAAAAAGGUGUGAAUGGAUCAGUAAAUGGAAACAGUACAACAUCUGUACCUGGCAUCAGUACAUCUGUAUUAUCUACUACCACUGCAAGCUCUGCAGGACAGGCAAAGGCUAUAACCUCAGGAGGGGGAAGUCACAAAUGCCACCAGGAUCAAAACAAAAACCAGCUUUUGGAUACCAGAGCUGACAAAAUCAAAGAUAAGAAACCAAGAAAAAAAGCAGUGGAAAGCUCCAGCAAUAGUGACAGUGAUUCAGGCUCGUCUUCAGACACCUCAAGUGAAGGCAUUAGUAGUAGUGACUCAGAUGAUCUAGAGGAAGACGAAGAGGAGGAGGAGGAAGAUCAAAGUGGUGAAGAAACUGAAGAUGAUUCUGACUCCGAGAAUGAAGCACAUCAUAAAAACAAAAACAAGGUGCUAAUGCAUAGUGGUGUAACAGAUAUGAAAGCAGAUGGACAGAAAACACAUGAAAAGUCCCAGGAAAAAAGAACACACCAGCAGAUACCUCUUAUGUCUGAUUCCCAGACUCACUCAUCAUUCCAGUCCCAGCAGAAGCAGCCUCAGGUUUUGUCACAGCAGCUUCCCUUUAUUUUCCAAAGCUCUCAGGCAAAGGAGGAAUCUGUGAACAAACACACAAGUGUAAUACAGUCUACGGGAUUGGUGCCCAAUGUGAAACCUUUGUCUUUGGUAAAUCAAGCCAAAAAGGAAACUUAUUUAAAACUUAUAGUUCCUUCUCCUGAUCUACUCAAAGCAGGGAACAAAAAUACCUCUGAAGCAUCUAAUCCUUUGACCAGUGAUGUAAGAUCAAAACGGGAACAGUACAAACAGACAUUCCCAGCAGCACAGUUAAAGAAGCAACAAGAAUCAUCCAAGAACCUGAAGAAGGUUAUCACAGCUUUGUCAAGUCCGAAACCAACCUCUAGUUCACCAGCUCAUCCAAAACACACAUCUUUAGAAAACAACCAUUCAAAUCCAUUCUUGACAAAUGCACUUUUAGGUAAUCACCAACCCAAUGGAGUAAUUCAAAGUGUCAUCCAGGAAGCUCCUCUAGCACUUACCACCAAAUCCAAAUCCCAGCCCAAGAUAAAUGAAAACAUAGCUACUUCAAGUAGUACUUCAUUUUCGUCACCAGUAAAUUUAACUACAUGUGGUAAAAAAACAUCUGGUAACCAGACACCUGUUAUGCCCUCUACCUCUCCUCUGUUACCUGGUCCAGGAAAGGAAAAAGCUGUCAGCAAUAAUACGGUUACAGCAGUAAAAACACAACAUCGCCUUCAUUCUGCAAAAUCUUUAGUGGAACAAUUUAGAGGAACAGAUUCAGACAUUCCUAGCAGUAAAGACUCUGAUGAUUCAAAUGAUGACGAUGAUGAUGAUGACGAUGACGAUGAUGAUGAAGACGAGGAUGAUGAUGAUGAUGAUUCAGAUGACAGCCAAUCAGAGUCUGACAGUAAUUCAGAAUCUGAUACUGAAGGGUCUGAAGAUGAGGACGAUGAGGAUGAUAAAGAUCAAGAUGAAUCAGAUACUGAUACUGAGGGAGAGAAAACUCCAGUGAAGCUGAAUAAAACUACUUCCUCCGUGAAAAGCUCUUCCACCAAUCUCACAGCUCACUCUACACCACUUAAUCUCCAAGUAGCAAAGACUCCUAGCUCUGCUCCUGCUGCCUUAUGUCCUGAAUCCCAGUCGCCAGUUUUUCUUGGGACACCGCCUUCUACACUUACUCCAAGUACACACUGUGGUACUUCAAAAAGGCGAAGGGUAACAGAUGAACGAGAGUUGCGUAUUCCUUUAGAAUAUGGCUGGCAAAGAGAAACACGAAUAAGAAGCUUCGGUGGUCGUCUUCAGGGAGAAGUAGCAUAUUAUGCACCAUGUGGAAAGAAGCUAAGACAGUAUCCUGAAGUAAUAAAGUAUCUCAGCAGAAAUGGAAUAAUGGAUAUCUCAAGGGACAAUUUCAGCUUCAGUGCAAAAAUAGGAGUGGGUGACUUCUAUGAAGCCAGAGAUGGACCGCAGGGCAUGCAGUGGUGUCUUCUGAAGGAAGAGGAAGUCCUUCCCCGUAUCAGGGCCAUGGAAGGGCGUAGAGGACGACCACCAAAUCCAGAUAGACAACGUGCUAGAGAGGAAUCAAGAAUGAGGCGUCGCAAAGGCCGACCUCCAAAUGUUGGUAGUGCUGAAUUUCUAGACAACAGUGAUGCCAAGCUGCUAAGAAAGUUGCAGGCUCAAGAAAUAGCUAGGCAAGCAGCACAAAUAAAGCUUUUGAGAAAACUUCAGAAGCAAGAGCAGGCUCGAGCUGCCAAAGAAGCAAAAAAACAGCAAGCUAUUAUGGCCGCUGAAGAAAAGCGAAAGCAAAAAGAACAGAUAAAGAUAAUGAAACAGCAGGAGAAAAUUAAGAGAAUUCAACAAAUCAGAAUGGAAAAAGAACUUCGAGCUCAGCAAAUUUUAGAGGCAAAAAAGAAAAAGAAGGAAGAAGCGGCAAAUGCCAAAUUAUUGGAGGCCGAGAAACGAAUAAAGGAGAAGGAGAUGCGAAGGCAGCAAGCUGUUCUUCUGAAACAUCAGGAGUUGGAGAGGCAUAGACUAGAUAUGGAACGAGAAAGGAGAAGGCAACAUAUGAUGCUUAUGAAAGCUAUGGAAGCACGUAAAAAAGCAGAAACCUUUCUUCCAUGGCGGUGGGGCCAUCCAGGUGGGCUGCUAGUAGGUGGGUGCUGUCCCAGCUCACAGGCAGCACCCAGUCCGAUACAGCUAUUCCCUGAGCCCGAGCUAGGGGAGCACCUGCCCGCUAACAGCCCACCUGUGUACAGUGUGACGCAAUUAAACUGCAAAAAUGUCCAAAUUUCAUUACAUGUACAAGUGCCCACUAGGACAAAUUUUGUAAAUAAUCUUAUACAAGAGAAACGUGAUGAAAAAAGAUUAAAUAAAGAGCGUAAACUGGAGCAGCGAAGAUUGGAAUUAGAAAUGGCUAAGGAGCUAAAGAAGCCUAAUGAAGAUAUGUGCUUAGCAGACCAGAAGCCUUUGCCAGAGUUGCAUCGCAUUCCCGGCCUCGUUCUGUCUGGAAGCACAUUUUCAGACUGUCUCAUGGUGGUGCAGUUCUUGCGUAACUUUGGCAAAGUUCUUGGCUUUGAUGUGAAUAUGGAUGUCCCUUCUUUGAGUGUUCUUCAAGAGGGUUUGUUAAACAUAGGGGACAGUAUGGGAGAAGUACAAGACUUACUUGUAAGACUUGUCUCAGCUGCUGUUUGUGAUCCUGGAGUAGUGACGGGAUACAAGGCCAAAACUAUUCUUGGGGAACAUUUGCUGAAUGUUGGUAUCAAUCGAGAUAAUGUUUCUGAGAUUCUGCAGAUAUUUAUGGAAGCUCAUUGCGGGCAAACUGAACUUACAGAAAGCCUAAAGACCAAAGCUUUUCAAGCACAUACUCCAGCUCAGAAAGCAUCAGUGCUUGCUUUCCUUGUUAAUGAGUUAGCAUGCAGCAAAAGUGUUGUAAGUGAAAUUGAUAAAAACAUUGAUUAUAUGUCAAAUUUAAGGAGAGAUAAAUGGAUGGUUGAAGGCAAGCUGCGGAAGCUUAGAAUCAUUCAUGCUAAGAAAACUGGCAAAAGAGAUGCUGUAGUAGGAGGUGAUAUAGGAGAAGAACAGCAUUCAUUGGAAACACCCACGCCAGGCCGCAAACGGAGACGGAAGGGAGGAGACAGUGAUUAUGAUGAUGACGACGAUGAUGAUAGUGAUGAUCAAGCAGAUGAGGAUGAGGAGGAUGAAGAGGAUAAAGAUGAAAAAAAGGGAAAGAAGACUGAAGUCUGUGAAGAUGAGGAUGAUGGGGACCAAACAGCAAGUGUUGAAGAGCUAGAGAAACAGAUUGAAAAACUGACUAAGCAGCAAAGCCAGUACAGAAAAAAAUUGUUUGAAGCUUCUCACUCUUUACGUUCAAUGAUGUUUGGUCAGGAUCGUUAUAGACGUCGAUAUUGGAUUCUACCCCAGUGUGGGGGUAUUUUUGUGGAGGGCAUGGAAAGUGGUGAAGGUCUAGAAGAAAUUGCAAAAGAGAAAGAGAAGUUAAAAAAUGCAGAAAGCAUACAUAUCAAAGAAGAGAUGUUUGAGACCUCAGAGGAAAAAUUAAACUGUUUAAGUACAACUCACUGUGAGCAAAAGGAAGAUCUUAAGGAAAAGGACAACACUAAUCUAUUUUUACAGAAGCCUGGCUCUUUUUCAAAGCUAAGCAAACUCUUGGAGGUAGCAAAAAUGCCACCUGAAUCUGAUAUUUUGUCCCAAAAACCCAGUGGCAGUGCAGCAAAUGGGUGCAUGUUGUCUUAUCCAAAUAACUCCAAAAACUCUCUCUGCAGCCUUCAGCCCACUGUUUCACAAAGCGGCACUGAAAAAUCAGAUCCUAGUAAUCUUUUUAAUCCCAUUGCAAGUGGGUCAGGGAAGUUUUACAAUUCUCCAUUAGUUUCAAAUGACCAGUUGUUAAAGACUCUUACAGAAAAGAGCAGACAGUGGUUCAGCCUUUUACCAAGGAUACCAUGUGAUGACACCUCAGUUACCAAUACAGAUACACCAGCUGCUUCUUCUACACUAACUCCUCAUUCACAUCCUCCAUCAAAAUCGCCUUCACCAGUCCCAUCCUCUCUUAUCAGCUCUGCCUCUGCACAGAGUUCUAUUGGAUUAAACCCUUUUGCAUUAUCACCGCUUCAGAUGAAGACCGGAUUGCCUAUAAUGGGACUUCAGUUUUGUGGAUGGCCUACAGGAGUUCUUACUUCAAAUGUUCCAUUUUCAUCUCCUUUACCUAGUCUUGGAUCAGGGUUAGGUUUAUCAGAAGGGAAUGCUAAUUCCUUCUUGACACCUAGUGUUCCAACAAGUAAAAGUGAAUCACCAGUACCACAAACUGAAAAAGCAGCUUCUGCUCCCUCUGCAGCAGUUGAAGUAGCCAAACCAGUAGAUUAUCCCAGCCCAAAACCCAUACCAGAAGAAAUGCAGUAUGGGUGGUGGAGAAUUACUGACCCAGAAGACCUAAAAGCUUUGCUUAAAGUGCUGCAUCUCAGGGGAAUAAGAGAAAAGGCCUUACAGAAGCAAAUACAAAAACACAUGGAUUACAUCACUCUGGCCUGCAUCAAAAAUAAGGAUGUUGCAAUUAUUGAAAUAAAUGAAAAUGAGGAAAACCAGGUAACUCAAGAUGUUGUGGAAAACUGGUCAAUAGAAGAGCAAGCGAUGGAGAUGGAUCUGGCUAUUCUUCAGCAGGUGGAAGAUCUAGAAAGGAGAGUUGCAUCAGCUAGUUUGCAAGUUAAGGGCUGGAUAUGUCCAGAGCCUGCAUCAGAGAGGGAAGAUCUGGUAUAUUAUGAACAUAAGUCAAUUACUAAAUUGCACAAGAAGCAUGAUGGAGAAAGUGCUGGAGGAGAAGAAGCCAGUACCAGUGCUCUAGAGAGGAAGAGUGACAACCCUCUAGAUAUAGCUGUAACCAGACUUGCUGACUUGGAGCGGAACAUAGAGCGAAGGUAUCUGAAGAGCCCCUUAAGUACCACCAUUCAGAUCAAACUGGAUAAUGUGGGCACAGUUACUGUCCCUGCUCCUGCACCAUCCAUUAGUGGUGAUGGUGACGGAAUGGAAGAGGAUAUUGCUCCAGGGCUAAGGGUAUGGAGAAGGGCAUUGUCAGAAGCUCGCAGUGCUGCACAGGUAGCUCUGUGCAUUCAGCAGUUACAGAAAUCAAUAGCAUGGGAAAAAUCUAUUAUGAAAGUUUACUGCCAAAUAUGUCGUAAGGGAGAUAAUGAAGAACUGCUGCUGCUGUGUGAUGGUUGUGACAAAGGCUGUCACACAUACUGCCAUAGGCCCAAGAUCACUACAAUACCAGACGGUGACUGGUUUUGUCCUGCCUGCAUAGCAAAGGCAAGUGGUCAAACCCUAAAAAUAAAAAAACUUCAAAUCAAAGGGAAAAAAAGUAAUGAACAAAAAAGAGGCAGGAAGUUAUCUUUAACAGGAGAUACAGAGGAUGAAGACUCUGCAGCUACCAGCAGCUCCUUAAAAAGAGGAAAGACAGACCCCAAAAAGAGAAAAAUGGAUGAAAAUAUUUCUGUUAACCAAUUAAAACAAGAAAGUUUCACUCCUAUCAAGAAACCUAAAAGGGAUGAAUCCAAGGACCUGGCUUUAUGCAGCAUGAUUCUGUCUGAAUUGGAAACUCAUGAAGAUGCAUGGCCUUUCUUACUUCCUGUAAACUUGAAACUUGUUCCUGGUUAUAAGAAGGUUAUUAAAAAGCCUAUGGACUUCUCUACCAUCAGAGACAAGCUAAGUAGUGGACAGUACCCAAAUCUUGAAGCAUUUUCCCUAGAUGUCAGACUUGUUUUUGACAACUGUGAAACCUUUAAUGAAGAUGAUUCUGACAUAGGCAGGGCUGGCCACAACAUGAGGAAAUAUUUUGAAAAAAAAUGGACAGAGAUUUUCAAAGUGAGCUGAAGUUAUCAGAACUCCAAUAUUUUUCCUUAAAUAAGGACAAAUGAGACCAGCAAUGUGAACUAUAUUUACAUAAAAGUGCAAGGCACAUGCAUAACUAAUGACUGUUUUUUUUCCUUAAAGAAGUAUCACAGAAGAGUGAUACUAAUUCUAAAGGCUUCACUCCUACAGCAACCAUGGCCCUUGGUUAUUGGUUUGUGUGUUUUAUCAAACUAAUUUAGGUAGAACAGGGAAGCACACCCAAAGAAUUUCAAAGAAAGGGGUGUUAUAGUGCAAUAGCAAUUUAAAAUUUAUCAAAACGCACUGAAUAUUCAACCACCAGAGCUCUACUUGGGGAAAUGGUUCUCUUUUCCCUUUCAAUAAAUAUCUAUUUUUCAUUUUUUUUACUUUGUAGUUUAUUUUUUAGUGAAUGUAUUUAAUUUUAUGAAUUAUUUAUGAUUAAACAGCAUCCAGAAUCUUCGUUUUCUGUGAAAAGGAAGAAUUAGAAAAAUUGCUUUAAAUCUUGAAAAUACAACAAGGAAUGUUUUAAAAUAUAAAACAAAGCCAAGUAAAACUGUUUACACUGAUGUGCUGUGAAAGCACUAAAAAUUAAACUUUACUGUAGAGUUACAAGUACAUUUAUAUAUAUGUUGCUGCAUCACUUGUGUAGUUAAAUUGUAUUUCAAGACAGUGAAGAAAAAUUGAGACAUAUGUAUAUACUGUUCAUUAUUGUUUAUAUUAAGUCUUGUUUUAAAUAUGUAUGAUGUGUACAUAUUGUUUGAAGACAUUAUUGUUUAUGCCUUAGAAGGACUGUAGCAUUUUAUUUUAGUCUUAAGGUAAUUAUAGCUAUACGGCUUGUACAGUAAUUAUCCUCUACCAACACUGUGGAGUCUCCUUAAUCUUGGUAGUGCCUGCCUUCAAAACAGGGUGUAGGGGAUAUUAGUUUUCCAUUUUUCUAUUUUGUUAUAUAAUUUCAAGCCACCAGGGCCUCAAAUUCAAGUAUAAUCAUUUGUAUCCAUGUGGAAAAUAAAUUGUGACAAUUUCCUACGCGCGUGGGCGCGCGCACACAGUAUUUUUUCAUAGAAACAUUUCCCUCCAUUUGCCUUGCCACAGAAAUAACAAAAGACAUUUGUAACCACUGUGUUUUAUCUACUGUGUGUUGUGGUGGCCUGUUGGGGGCAGAUAGAUCAGAAUUUUUUUUGUACCUAUGUAAGAGUACUUGAAGUUUUAUUUAAAACAAAAUGUUGUGGAAAAGGUAGCAUUCUUUUUUUUUUUUUUUUAGGAGUGUUAUUUUUCACUAGUAUGUGUGGCACGGAUACAAUAAAAAACUGUUUUACAAACCAGAUUAUUUUGGUUAUUUUAAUAUUCAAAGAAGUAUGUACAAAGAAAUACUUUUAAAAUGACCUUUAGGGACUCAUGAGGUUACCCCAAAGUUCGUAUUUUGGUGCAUCUUAUCCUCCAGGCCUCUUAAUUAAUUUUUGGCAGCACAGAAAGAAACAA